CAACACCGGUGGCCAGCUGCGUGCUUCUCCUUCUUCCUUCCUUUCCCAUUUCCCCUUCUUCCCCCAUUUCCUUGCCUAUUCCUCCAUUCCCUUCUUCUAUGUCGUUGAAUUAAUCGAAUUGGAUUCCCGGCAUUCAAAACCCAUUUCUUCAAUUCUCGAUUCGGAGCUCCUAAAUGCCCCCAUCGCCGGAAUUUCGCGGAAAAUAGCGCGCUCGAGGAAGGGCUUCGCGCCUCGUCUGUCUCUGUGCGUGUGUGUAAUUUCUGGUGUUCGUGUUCUCUCUUUCUGCUCGUUACUCCGAUUGAUUCUCUCCCGUCUCCGGGGAGGGCGGCCGUCGGGGUAUCUUAUGCGUCUUGGGCUUUUCUUCUGGAGGUUAGGGUUUGUCCGCGCGGGUGGGAAAAAUGAAGUCCCCGCUCGGUAAGUCCCGGGGAUUUAAGCUCCACAAGAGUGAUUCGAAAGAUAAAAGGGACUUCCUGCAUCCAGCUCACUUAGAUGAGCUCGCUCAAGCUGCCGAGGACAUGCAGGAUACGAGAAACUGCUAUGAUAGCUUACUUUCAGCAGCUGCUGCAACAGCAAACAGUGCUUACGGUAAUUUCCCAUUGAGAACCUCUUCGGAACGCUCGAACUUAAGGAGUUCUGCAUCUAGCUUUGGAGAUACAGAUGUUAGUUACAAUGUGCGAACCAAGUCCACCGAGCCGACAGUUGGUCAGAGGAAUGUCCAAAAGCCCGCUGCAAGGAUCGUGGGCUUCGAAUCUCGGGAAACAAGUUCUAGUUUCGAAGGCAUAGUUAAUGAAACAGAGACGUGCAUGUCGAUUGUCAAGAAGCGGUUGCUGUCACCAUUGAGUGGCUUGCUAUCUGCAAAGCAAUUCAAUGGGGAUUCUCUGAACAUUGGCUCUCGUCCUUCUCAGAUGCACUAUGAUAACAAGAAGGCAAAUGUUGGAAACAAAGUUGACCUCACUUAUUCGUCUUUCCCAUUAGCUAGUUUCUUGGAGCAAAAGGAAGUGGUGUAUGAUAACAGUCCCAAAACAUCUUCUACUGAUGGAAGAUCACAACUUAGAGCAGUAUCAUUAUCCCCCAAGAAGUCAAAUUCGCCUCUCUCUUUGUCUCCUCUAGGCCCGAGAUUUCCAGAAAGAAUCAAAAGUGUAGGAGCAUGCAGGGAAUCAGUUCAUGGGCAUGAAUCUUGCUUUAUCAUUGGUUCAGAAGAAACAGGCCUUUCUACAAGCAGAUCACUUGAAGAUGAUGAUCUAUUUUGCAGAGAAUUCAUCUCAUGUUCUCCUGAUGAUUUAAGCUGGUCUUUAUUCCAUGGAUCAGCUCCAUCUAAAAGCAUAAAGUUUGUGAGAAGUCUGAGCAGUCCUUCAGCCAGGCGGUCCUUGGUCGGUUCUUUCGAAGAGUCACUAUUAUCCGGACGGCUUUGCUCAGGAAAAUGCACUCAGAAAAUAGAUGGUUUCCUUGCUGUAUUAAGCAUCACUGGAGGGAACUUCUCACCACAGUCACAGAAGCUCCCAUUUUCAGUGACCAGUGUACAUGAAGAUUGUUAUUUAUUGUACUAUGCGUCAAUUAAUCUAGCUGGGAAUUCUUCUUCAAACAAGCAACGGAACCUUGGCUCCAGAUGUGGUAGGGACGGGAAUAAUGGCGAUUCACUAAGUGUUAGGAGUCGUUUGCGUGUUCCAAUGAAAGGGAGAAUUCAACUGGUUCUCAGCAAUCCCGAAAGAACACCAUUGCACACCUUCCUUUGCAAUUAUGAUUUGACCGAUAUGCCAGCUGGUACCAAGACCUUUCUGCGCCAGAAGGUCAGCUUAGCUUCAUCUGGGACAGCUCUCGCUGAGUUGAAACUGGGGCAGCAACUGGAUUCAGAGAAGAAGGUCCAAGACAAGGCAGAAGGAAAACCGCCUUCUGUUGAUGAUCAGAGAAGUGAAGUUAAGAGCAAUGAGAAUAGUAGCCCCACCAGCCAUGGAUGUGGUGCCCUACGCUAUGCACUUCAUCUCAGAUUCCUCUGUCCUUACCCUAAGCGAUCUCCUAGCAAGUCGGGAGCAGCUGAAAAGGCAGCUUCAAGUCCUAAAUCGGAAGCCCACGUGGACCGGAGGUUCUACUUGUACAAUGACAUGAGGGUGGUGUUUCCUCAGCGCCAUACAGAUGCUGACGAGGGGAAGUUGAAUGUGGAGUACCAUUUCCCAGAAGAUCCGAGAUAUUUCAAUGUCGCGAGCUGAAUCAAUGAACUUGAAUUGGGUUUCCUUCAAGGAGUGUACAUAAAUAUGGUUUGGGGGUCAGCCGAUCAUGAUGUUUAAAUUAUUUAUGCAGUUAGUUGUUCUUAAGUCGUUUCCAGAUUGUAAUCUCUGAAAAAUGGCAUUAACCUUAAUUACAUCUGUAAAUAUGGGGCAGCUUAAUAAUCUUAGUUCCAACAAUUCACAUUCUACCCUCUUAUUUGUGUGUGUUGUUAGCUGGUAAUACCCCAUUUUGUGGGUGGAGUAUCUGGUUCCUGGUUGUUAUGAAAGAGUUGGUUGAUCUUGGUGGAGUGUGCAUUGAACGAAAAAGGGUG